GGCCCCAGAGCAUCCGGGUCCCUCCCUCUCAAUCCAGGAGCGGGGCCCGCCCCGCCCCCUCAGACCGCGCCCCCUCGGUCCCCGCCCCGCCCCUCAGCGCGAGGGUGCCCCAGACUGAGCCACCGGCGCGGGAGGAGCAGCCGCAGCAGUAGCUUUAGCAGCAGCAUUAGCAGCGGCCGCCCGAGCCGCGGAGCCUGGAGCCCGGCCCGACCCCGACCUCGAGCAGCCCCGAGCCACUCCUCCAUGAGCUCCGACUUCCAGCACUACAGCUUCAGAAUGCCGAACAUCGGGUUCCAGAACCUGCCCCUGAACAUCUACAUCGUGGUCUUCGGCACGGCCAUCUUUGUCUUCAUCCUCAGCCUGCUGUUCUGCUGCUACUUAAUCAGGCUCCGGCAUCAGGCCCACAAGGAGUUUUAUGCCUACAAACAGGUUAUAUUGAAGGAGAAAGUCAAAGAGCUGAACUUGCACGAGAUCUGUGCGGUUUGCCUGGAAGAUUUCAAACCCAAGGAUGAGCUGGGGAUCUGCCCGUGCAAGCACGCCUUCCACAGGAAGUGCCUCAUUAAAUGGCUGGAAGUUCGAAAAGUGUGUCCGCUCUGCAACAUGCCGGUGCUCCAGCUGGCGCAGCUGCACAGUAAGCAGGACCACGGCCCCCCCCAGGGACCCCUCCCUGGGGCAGAGAACAUAGUAUAGCUCCUCCCGGGGGCCAGACUGUUGUCACACACGAUAUCGAAAUGAACCCCAGGCGGAGGAUCUCGAGCCUCUGGAUCGGCCGUUUCCUGCAUCAACGCCCCCGCGAUCCCCGAGUCUCGGAGCCCUCGGAUGCCCCCUGAGCCUCUGGACGUGGGUGUCGGGCGCUUCGGGAGGGGCUCCUGCCCGCUUCGCCCCCCCACGUGCAGCCCAAGCCCUCGUCCAAGUAGAGUUUGCCUUCGCCGAGCAGGAGCGGGGGACGGUCGGUGUGAGAGAGCCUCGGACAGCGGCCCGGCCCGCGCCAGCCAUGCAGGGGACUUUGCAGCCGAGCAGAGCGCGGCCUGGAGUCCCCGAGCCAAGGCAGCAACAGUGACCUCAUCGGAGCCAGCGGCUGGGGAGGCCGGGGGGGCCCCGCGAGGCUCGCCCACAUUCUUGGAGUCCUGGGCCCGGGGGCAGGGCGUCCCCCGCCCCCCCAGGUGGCCUAUGGGAGACGAGGGAGGGCAAAGCUCUCCGCACUGGAGACCAUCAAGAGCCAGAGGGAUCAGCAACUAGGUCUGGGCAGAAAGCACGGAGGCCUCCCCAGGCCUUCGGAAGCAGACCAUCAGGGCGAAGGACUCCAAGCGAGCCCACAUCAACGGCCUUCACUGACUGUCGCCCCCAGAAAUCCUGAUGAGCAGCCACGACUCCCCCGAAAAGGAGCCCCAAAGCCAGGAGCAGUUGGAGCCCCCUGGCAAGCGCAGCACGUGGGUCCCCCUUUUCUCCCCUUCUCGCUCUCCUGAGGACAGAACGUGUCGUCGACUUUCCGGGCCGUUCCAAGGCCCCGACUUGAACACCCCUGGGGGGGGGGGCACUCGGUAUUUCUUCGUAUCAGGACUUGUAAGCACUGUGUCAGCAGCCCCGGGUUAAGGACCCACCAAUGGUGGGCUGUUUUGCACUUGGAUUAGGGCCGCCGUCCGAGUCAAAAGUCUCCUUACGGAACUCGCGGGGCUUCUUCCCCCUUGUAGAUUCCCCUUUACCCUUCCCCCCCCAUUCCCCUUCCCCCUUCUCCCCUUCUCCCUUUCCCCUUCCCCCCUUCUCCCCGUUCCCCCUUUCUCCUUCCCCCUUCUCCCCAUUCCCCCUUUCCCCUUCCCCCUUCUCCCCAUUCCCCUUUUCCCCUUCCCCCCUUCUCCCCGUUCCCCCUUUCCCCUUCCCCUCUUUUCCCCCUUCCCCUUCCCCCCUUCCUCCCUUCUCCCCUUCCUCCCUUCUCCCUGUUCCCCCUUUCCCCUUCCCCCCUUCCCCCUUCCCCCUCAGCCCUCAAACUUUCUUACAAGUGGCGGAGGAGCAGGUUUUCUCUGGAGAGGCCAGAAUCUUUGUAAAUGAGCCUUCAAAAGAGGCAGAUGGGCCAGUUUGCCUCUUUCCAAAGGCCAUUCCAUCCGCUUGGCAUCAUUUCUGACUUCCCUCUUCUGGGCCAGGUAGGCCGCUAGGCUUUACGGGGUCCCCCACCCACGAGUGCUGGGCCUUUUCCCUUGGGAACAUGUCAGGGGCAGAUGGGCCUCAAAGGAAGAGCUUUCCUCCAGGGCUUCAGCCUAGCUGCACCCGGAUCUCCCCACCCUUAGAAAUAAAAACAAAAAGGGAGUGCUGGAUGGUUCAGGGGGUCGAGAGGUUAGAGAAGGAAGAUUGGGAUUAGCUCCAGAAACCAUUGAACGUGGAGCUCACCUCGGAACCUGUGUCUCGGGGAGCCCCGACGGACUCUUCCCUCCCUCCGUUGGACCCUGAGUGUGAUCCGCAGGCUGGGCGGUCUCCUUAACAAGGCCUGCGAGCGAAGGCUGUUUCUGUGGUAGAGCUUUGAGCCCUUCGGCUCCGCUCGUUCCUGAGCCACUGCCCGAAGGGACGCCCACUCCAAGCAUUCCCAGCUGCCCUCUGACUUUCCCGUUGUCCCGUCUCUGCAUUUCUGGCCAUUGUUCCGAGCUUCCACGUCAACUCUUCCUCCGGUGACCACCAUCAGCCAGAAGGCUGGGCUUGUCUCUGGGUCUGGAGAGCCCGUUGCCUGGUUUACAGUCAGAUCCCAGCCUUGUUCCAGAGGGGCCGCCAUGAGAGGAGAAGCCGGAAGUCUGGGCUGGGGAGGCUUUUCCUUGGUUUCUCCUUCCAGGCCUGCCGUGUGCCCAGCAGCACUGGCUGGGCAAAGCUCACCCAGUGACUCUUUCUAAGGCCAAACGUUUUCGUCCGCUGUGGGACACCCUCCGGCGGCAGGGUCGUUCAGAGAUUCCCUGCGUUCUCCCCCGAGCUCCAGCCCACCGAAGGCCGAAGCAGCAGAACCACAAGGUCCGCCUUGUGUCCGCGUGGCCUCAGCAGCAUCGAGGCCGUCCCCACAAUCCGUGGCCGGAGCCCCGCCGUCGGCCUCCUAACCCACGGGGGAUCCUUGAGGCUGGGCCAGCAGAGCUUCCCCAGAGGCCCGUCUCCUCCCUCCCCUCCCCCUCCCCCCUCCGCACUGACCGCUGGACUCAGUGGCCGUUUGCGGGCUCCUGGCCAUUCUUGCCCUGGUCGUUGCCAGUUUGUCAGCAUUUCGUCCAUCCGAGAUGCAGACAGAAGCAGCAGCGAGCCCCGAGCCCUGGGAAAGCCGCCGCUCGCACCUGACCUCUUGCCUCCCUGGAGAGAGGCCAGGCGGGCUUAGACGUUGGGGGCCCCCUCGCUGGUCCCCCACACAGGAGGGAAGGAAGGAGGCGCCCCCCGCAGGCCCUCGUACAAUCAGGGUUUGGGGAUCGUGCUUGAUUGUCCCCCAUUUGCUGGAGCCCUCAGACUGGCCCGUGUCACGUGUCUGGGGCUCCUCCCGGGACGCCACGUCAGCCCGCGAUGGCUCACUGGUCAGACCCCACCGACUAUGACCGCUUCGCCACAAGGUGGGCCUGCGGGAGCGCCGACCCCCCUGGGGCUUCCUCUGGCACUGCUCGGCCCUCCCCUCCCCCCCUGGCCCGUGGCUUGCUUCCCAGCCCUGCCGCGUUCGUGACUACCUCAGACGCACCCCAGCCGGCGGGAGGCAGGGAGGUCGCCUCCCCGCUCAGCCGUUCAUCUGGAAACCCAGAACAAACGGAGUCACAUUUCUGAAACAUUCCUUUCCAGUAAGGCGUAUCCCUGGCUCCGCGGCAACCUGCUGGAAGCCUUCGUUCCCAUUCGCUCCCUCCAAGGCCGCGCUCGGCCACCCCACCGCUCCCGCCUGCCCUCCUCCCCGCCAUCCGGGGGAGAAAAGUGUCUGCAGAAUCCUCUCCCUCUGCGGUCAGCACGGGCCGGGCCUGCCUUUGGAGGUCCGCUUGUCGGGGAGGCAAGAGCGGCUCCUCGGGAGGCCCUUCUUGUCCCUGGACUUCAGGGGCUCCGCCAUGGCUCAAGGGGCCUCCAUUGCAGCCUGUGUAGCCAGCCAUGCGGGCGCUGCGCUGCCCUCCUGGGAGAGUCUCUUGUAGUCACCCAAUGAGCCCCAUCCAGGGCACGCACGCCCUUUCCUCUCAGUGAUUCUGAGGGAGCUGUCGGAGCUCCAACACCCCCGGCAGACCGUGCCCUGGAUCACUGUGGAGGUGGGGAUUUGAGCCCAGCUCUGGGUGUGGGGGGCCCCUCUGGUCACCCACAAAUGCACAGCACCCCACCCCUUUCUAGAGCUAUGCAACAUUUCAGCCUCCUCCCUUGCCCCUGGCCCUGCCUGUAAGCCCACCAGAAACACUUUUCCCAUCUUUUCACUUUCUUCUCCAUCCAUCUUCCCCUCCCAGACACCCAGCCUGGCUGGAAACGGCUCUUUCUCCAAAGGGGGGGGCAGUGUUCAUUGGGGCGACCUUUGCCCCAUGGCUGUGGGUGAGAAAGUCACCGUGUUUUCAGGAAAUGAGGAAAAGAAUCUCCAAGCUGAGUGUGAAUUGCAGAGGAGGGCAGAAAGCAGGACUUACAUAACUUCCUCCCAUUUUAGAGGAGGUAAAAAUAUCUUGGCAAGCCAGCUAUUCUGCAGUCCCAUUCAAACCUUGCCUUGGGAUGAGGGAAAAGUCGCUCUAGUCGCUGGAUUAGUGUCUUGGUCCUCCUUUGCCAGAUCACACACCCCACAGGAGGAGCCCCAGAUCUGAACCCUAAGCCCCCCGGGAGGACAGGCUUCUCCUGGCACCCCAUCCCCCCAUGCCUCCACGAUCAGUGCCAUCUCGUUAGCUCUCCCGAGACUCCCAUUUUGCACGGGAGGCUCAUGGUCCUCCAAGAACAGGUGCCAGGCCAGACGUCCAGUGUCCAGCAGGACCGGACAGGGAGUGUUUUCAGUGAAAGACUUCCCAGGGAGCGGCUCUAGUUCCUGGGUUUGUGUCUUGUAAGCCUUCUUCGAAUGGCGGCGCCCGUUGGGUUUCUUCAAGUAGAUAUCGUGUCACUCGGGAAGGUUUAUGAAGCCGCGAGCGCGAGCUCCGGCUUCAUAGACGUAUUUGUACACUAAGAAUUCUGCAGCAGAAUAUUUUUUCAAACAUUCGCUGUUUUUGUAAGCUCUAUUUUUGUAUAUUUAAUUGCUAUUUGAAAAUCGGCCUCUUUUGCUAAUCACAUUCUUGUUUAAAAAAUAAAGGUUGCAUGUGAUUGACUUGAAAUGUAAAUAAAAAGAUUUGCAAACUGGC